CACCGCUGCUGGUAGCAUUUUCUUGAGGCGGCCGUACGUUGUGGUUGGAACGCCCGGCAUCGGCAAGUCGCUGGCGGUGGGGUCCUUCGUGCUGUAUCAGCUCCUGCACUACGACGCCGCCAAGAUCCCUGUGGUGGCCUACUUUGUGGAAGGGUCAAUGUACCUUUUUCGCAAGACGGGAGAACAGGCAGGGACCGUGGUGGAAUAUACAAACACUGAUCAAGGUGCGUUGGUCGUCCGGGCGUUGGCUAAAAGGCAUGUUGCGGGUUACUACAUUUUUGAUGUGACUAAGGGACUUUGUCCCCCACAUAGGCUGCCCAAAGAGCAUUGGGGUGGAAUUGUGUUGACGUCGCCUGAUAAAAACAACUAUGAGGAGUGGAAGAAACAACGGCGUGCACUUUACAUUUAUGUCAACUGCUACACUCCACGAGAGAUGAAGGCGUUCUAUGCGUGGGAGGCACGCAACUUGCUGCGCGACUCGCACGGAAGCGCAAGAAGAAACACGAGACUUGAGGGGAGGUGGAAGACGGUAAAGAAACGCAUUGAUAAGGUUGGACCGCUCCCGCGCCAUGUUUUCGAUGCAAAGGACCUUCAGGAUCGGUGGAAUGCAAUUUUGGCUGUGCUGUCUGGUACGUCCGACGCAGCCUGGAAGUACUUCGCGAAGGUUUUGUUUGGCAAGGUUGAGUGGCGCCAGGACGGGACAACGCACAAACUGAUCAAGCUUGUGCGUGUGCAGUCGGUGGAGGGGGACGUGAAUGCUGAGCGGAGCGAUGAAAAUGGGUCAGAAGAGGAAGAGGAGUCAGAAGAGGAAGAGGAGACAGGGGAGGAAGAGGAAGAGGAAGAGGAAGAGGAAGAGGAGACGAGGGAAGCGGAAGAGGAUGAGGUGGAAAACUCCAGAAAUUGUCCCGUUUCACGCGAGCUCGAAAAAAGAUUGCGGCGACAGGUGAUAACGGAGAACUUUCAGAUGUCAGCUUUGCUGUCCGCCCUGGGGACGUGCAGCAUAAAUGCCGCUGCCGAUCUUGAGCGCUUGGGCUGCUUGGCGUUUUUGAUCAGCGGCGUCGUCGAGGCGGUUGCCCGCAAGAUGAAGUAUCUUCCCCGCACUGGGAGACGAAGGCGGGCCAGCGUGCUGGCGGACGGACACGCACGAGGUCGCUUUCCAAGCAGGCCCCGCUUGUUCGAGUACACGACGGGAGGGGCUCGGAACACUGUAAUACAGAAGGUCGAACUUGAACCCGGUGUUCUGUAUCUCCCCAAUACACGUCUUUUCCCCGUGCUGGACGCGUUUUACGUGGUCGAGGUGCAGCGGGCGGCAGCUGUCAAGAAGAAAUCCGGGCGGGCCAGCGACACUCCCACCGGUGGCCAGAGCAGGGCGAAGAAGACGACGUUUAUCGGGCUACAGGUGACAAUGCAAUCUACCCACGACACCACCGCCAGUAAGAUGGCUUCAUUUAUGAAAUACAUGAAGAGCAACUUCAAUAACUGGGAGGUGCUGAAGGAAGCGAUGGAGUGGGAGUUCAUUUACAUCCAGCACGCUGCGAGUACGCCGAUGACAAGAAGACAGGAAUGCACUAUGACAGCGAGGGAAGGGAAUCGGAGUCGGCAAGCUGCCAACAACUUCUGGGAGAGAAAGGUGGAACAGUACCAGGUGCAACUUGACGCGGAGAUUGCUGCCCAGCUGGUGAUUGCUGCCGUCAGCUCAAAUAACGUGGAUGUAGGGCGUGGCAGGGGUGUGGGGCGUGGCUCAGUUGUGGGACGUGGCAGGGAUGCGGGGCGUGGCGGGGUUGUGGGGCGUGCGGUUCGCCGUCCGUCGUGA